AUGCGGCUCGGAGUCGCGCCGGCCACGCGACACUUGAAAGCCCAUGCCUUUGUCCAGAUGCCGACUAUUUUAUCAUCUGCACGACGACGACAACUGAGCCAAUUUGCUCACCGGUUUUGUAGGCCGACUGAUGCUACUCUUCGAAAAGCUACUGGGUUCGUCACUUUUGGCGUUCGGUUCGCGUCGCACGAGCAAACAGCGAAAGAACUCAACCAACGCGGAGUUGACGAAGCUCUUUCGGACUUCGAUACCGCUGUCGGGGAGCAGAAGGAGAAGCAAGUACGUACGCCAUGGCACCGACAAGGAGCCGAUACUCCUCCAGUCCGGCGUCAACGCUCUGCCGGUGCCAUGACAAAAGGGAAACUCUUGACAACCCCGGCAAGACUCCUCAAACUUGUUCUCCCUUUGACCACUGUCGAUACGAAUAGCGACCGAAAGGAUGUCGCACCGCUGGCCCUCCUCGUUCACCCCCAACAGCCCCUGUCCUAUCUUGAACGAUUGAUUCAAUCUGAGUUGCCAACGAUUACCAACGAAAAGGGGGAGAACCAGGUUCCUACAGUAAUAUUCCGGGCUAAGGAAGCUAAAGACGAUGGGAUCAGACCCAAGAAGCGCAGGGCAGAUGACGAGAAAGAGGAGGAUUCGCCAACCGAUGACACCCUCGGAGAUGGUUCAGUCCAGCGGUAUAGCGCUGCUGGCAGAGAGGGCUCCGGAAAGGACGAAGGCGAGUUUGUGAAAUGGAGUGCUUCCACCGAAAUCGGAGACUUCAUCAGGGACGCUGCGAGAGCCAAAGAGUUUGAAGUCGACAUUGAAGGCAAUCCCGAAGCCAUCAAGGUCGGCGUGCCUUCCUUCAAUGAUCGAACCUUCUACCUGCGACAGAAGUUGCGAAGAACUUCGAGGAAAAUCGCAGACAUGGCCAAGAUCAAGAAGGAGUGUGACACUGCUGCCCACAAAACCGGUCAGCGCAUCGCUCUUUCGGGCUGUGGCAUUCUGGUCGGCUACUGGUAUCUGGUCUAUCGAUUGACAUUCGAGAGUGAGUUGGGUUGGGACGCCAUGGAGCCUAUAACCUAUUUGGUAGGCCUCAGCGGAUUCAUUGGGGGCUAUAUGUGGUUUUUAUACCAUAAUCGUGAGGUUUCUUACCGCUCAGCCUUGAACCUGACCAUUAACCGCCGCCAAAGCCGGCUGUACGAGAUGAAAGGCUUCGAUCUUCAGCUAUGGGAGAGCCUGACUGAAGAGGGCAAUGCCAUCAGAAAAGAAAUCAAGGCGGUGGCAGCCGAAUAUGAUGUCGAAUGGGACGAACGUAAAGACGAGCAGGACCCUGUGGUCACAAAAGCUCUCAGGGAGGAACGGAAAAACUCGAACGGCAAGGAAAAAUCGAAGGAGGAUGACAGUGGUGACGAUGAUGAUGGCAAACAUGGCGAUUAA